AUGUCGACCUGCGCUACCACCGUCGUGGCUCCGGCCAUUGAACUCUCCGAGAUCGAGAGCAAACCGGCCGUCUCGUCGGCCCCUCUCCACCGGCUUUCUCACGAUGCCGCCGCCGGCUCCCAGCAGCCGCCCAAUCCCACACCGCCAAGCGAGAUCCCGUCGCUAGUCGUGCCCACCGACCGUGUCUUCGAUGCCGAGCCGUCCCCGAUCUCCCAGACGUCGAGGUUCCUCAUCAUCUUGCUCGUCGUCAUACUCAAUAUUGUCCAGUUCAUGUCAGCCAUCACCACCGUCGUUGGCGGAUUGGCUUUCAGCGCUGCUCUUGGGCACGAGGUAAAGCCCGGCCGGGCAAACUGGAUGGGGGCUUCAUACUCUCUAACGCAGGGCGCAUUCGUCUUCAUCUCCGGCCGUCUAGGCGAAAUCUACGGCCACCAACGACUUGUCCUCGUCGGCUCCGCCAUGUUCACCCUGUUCUCUUUAGUCAAUGGCUUCGCAAAGACCUACGAAUCCUUCGUCGCCAUCCGCGCACUCACCGGCAUUGGAGGUGGCAUCUUCAUGCCAAACGCCGUCGCCAUUGUCACAACCAUGGUUCCGCCCGGCCGCACACGCAAUAUUGCGCUCGGCUUCUUCGCCGCUGCUCCGCCUAUUGGAGGUGUCUUGGGAGGUGUUCUGGUCGGCGUCUUCAUCGAUCUCGCCCCGUGGGUCUGGCUCUUCGUAUCAACUGCGAUCAUUUCCGCCAUACUCACGGCAUGGCUUGCGUAUCUGGUACCCCCCGAGCAUCCUGUCGACCGAUCCGGAACGAUUGACUACAUCGGUGCGGUGCUUGGAGUGAGCAGUCUCGUUCUGUUCAAUGUCGUGUGGAACCAGGCACCUGCUGUCGGAUGGUACACGCCUUACGAAAUCGCGCUGCUCAUCGUCUCCGUCCUUCUCUUUGCCGGCUUCCUCGUAUGGGAAGAUCGGUUCGCCAAGGAGCCUGUCAUGCCCCUGAAGCUCUUCCGUGCAAGCACCUUCACGGCCCUCGUCUUUGUCGUCUUGUUGAGCUACAUGAGCGUCGGAGUCUUCGUGUGGUACUCGGUCUCGUGGCAGCAAAUUCUUCGCCACAGCUCCGUGCUCGAUAGCGGCAUCCAUUUCAUCCCAUUUGGCUUCGGCGCCGUGGCUGCCGUCGGCAUCGCGGCCUGGCUAAUUCCUCGACUCGCAGCCCAGUGGAUCAUGGCCAUUGGCAUCGUCACAAUCCUCGCCGCGAAUCUCCUCAUAGCCACGAUGCCCGUGCAACAAACCUACUGGGCGCAGCUCUUCCCUGCCAUCCUGCUGUCGAGCUUUUGCCCCGACUUCGUAUACGUCGCCGCCCAGCUUAUUGCUAGCAACAGCGUCGGUCGUCGACACCAGGGAGUCGCGGGAAGCUUGAUCGGAACCUUGAACCUCUACGGCAACAGCUUGGGACUCGGCUUUGCUGGCACAAUCGAGACCGAGCUUACAGAUGGAGAGUCGCCUAGCCAAAUCGUCUUUGGCUUCCGUGCCGCCGCAUACUUCGGUGUCGCGCUCGCGGUUGCUUCCUUGAUUUUGGACCUGGGAUUUGUUAGAUUGCCCAAAGAUGAACGUGAGGGGUGGGAGGAAGAUGAACCUCUCAGAGGUGACCAGUCAACAGUCGUUGUCCACGCUUCUGCAACUGCUGUAGAGAGGCAGAUCUAG